AUGUCCGACAUCCCUCUCUCCACUCUUUACCAUCGCGGGCUCACAGCUGCGGCAAAAGCAGUCAACCUCCCUACUAUUCAGGAUGAAACUCAGGAGCUCUUACAGGCUGCACUGUCCGAUCUACGGCUUGUCCAAUCUCGCGUCGCGUCUCUAUCACUUUUCAGCCAGAAUGAAUUGCUGUCCGAUAUUCCAAGCCGUGAUCUAGUCUACCUGCUCCUUCCAUUCAUUCUGGCCGAGAUACACGGUCGAGUGAGGACGACGGAUACGGAAGAGCGCAUGGACCAAGUAAUGCGUGCACAGAGUUCAUUGCGCAUAUUCCUAACAACUCUAGAUAAGCUCGAGGUCGUCCCUGAGUCGGAGAAGACGUUGUAUGCGCAAAAGACAUCAACAAUGAACGAUCCUGCGAAACGGAGGGAACUCAAGAUCAAACAGUAUCAGAAGGAGAAAGAGAUCAGGUCGAGAAUUCAGGCAGUGCGCAAGCGACGCUACCAAGGCAGAAUACCUAACGAGCCCACUUCAGACUUCGAACUCAUCGCCUCUCUUCUACCUGACCCGUCCAAAGCGGCAUCUGCUUCAGAAGAUGACCCGGACACGGAAGAUGUCCUCCGCCAAGCUACGCUUCUUCUCUUGCGCCUCACUUACGCAGAAGCACAUGCUCAGUCGGAGAGCCUGGACCAAGAGCUCCAACUCUUACGCAGUGCUCCUCCCCCUCGGCCUGUAGAACUAGCCUCCGAUUAUUCCCGUCGCCGGAAGGAACCCCAGAGCGAUGACAUGUGGCGGUUAGAUGCCCCUAUACCAUCUGGUGGACCAGACGGCAAGGGCCCGUUGUUGGAUUCCAGCGGAAAGCCUCUGCGCCCAUUCACCAUUCUUCCUGCUUCGUCUGACCGGGCUCGUUUACAAGCAGAAGUAUUCCGGCCGGACCAUCGUCUGCCUACUAUGUCGGUUGACGAGUACCUUGAGGUCGAACGUCAACGUGGUUAUAUCAUCACCGGGGGCGGACCCCAGUCGGAGGCGGCGCCCACGUCAUCUGAACAACUUGCCCUCGACGCUGAAAUGGAAGGCACGGUGUUCGCAGAACAGAAGGCGGAGGAGAAAAGGCAGAAGGACGAGGCGUGGGCUAGAUACACCGAUACGCAUCCCAGAGGUGCAGGUAACACCAUGAACCGUGGCUGA